AUGUAUCACCUGCUGCGACUCAAGGUUGCUUCUGGCCCUAGGCUUGCUCGUUUUGAUCAAACAAAUGUCAGUAACAUCAGCGUGGGAGAUGCCAGUUGCGGAGGAAUAGCCCCUGCUACGUCCUGCGCGACCACUGCCCGCGACGAGGCCCCCGCCACCGACUCCGCCGCCUUCGCCUGCGCCAGGCCCAUCGCAGCGUCCACUCCGCAGUGUGGACGCGGGAAGCCGACCCCUGACGCCUCGGCCCUCGGCGACGGCGAUGACGACGACUUCGUAUCUCUGCCGCGCCGCCGCUCCACCCACGCGUCCAAGAGGGCGCGUCUCGACUGCGGCGAUGGUCCCUGCUGUUCCACGUCGUGCGUGGGCGAUAGUGCUGAUGAUCGUCAAGACCCUGACUUCUCAGCCACUGUAGGACCUGCACGGUCUCCUUGUGGCCGACCCCUAACAGACAUAGAAGAUAUGGCCGUACCCGAUGGAAAUGGUCCAAAACGGGAGUUGAAACGAUUGCCUUCGUCGUGGGGCAGUGGUGACAUCUUCUCUGCUGAGGAAUCGGACGAAGGACCGCCAAGGAAGUCGGAGAACAUGUCGCCGAAAGCGAAACAGGAGGUGAUCGACCUGGUGAGCGAAUCGGAGAACUCGAAUGACUCCGAAGAGUCGCAGACGGAGUCCGAAAGCAGCCAGGCUCCGCAGGAGGUGCUGUCGCAGGCGUUCUGGGGCGGCGCGGGGGACAGGGACGAGGACGACGACGAGGGCGAGGACGCGCCCUGGCACUUCGGCGCGCGCAUUACUCGCGAGGGCAUGCGCUCGGUACUGCGCGGCCGCACGCGGGAGCCCACUGCGGGCGGCGAGUACGGCCCCACGCGCCGCCUGUCCGUGCCGCGCGCAAGAGCGCCCAUCAAGGUGCCCAAAAUAUUCUAUGCUUCAAGAACGCAUCUGCAGUUAGAACAAGUUGCAAAUGAGAUAAAGCGCACCCAUUAUUGUGAUGCCAGAGUGGUUGUACUUUCGAGUCGUGAAUUUACGUGUAUUAAUGAUCAAGAAUUCAGAACUAAAAAGUAUCCUAAUCGAACAGAUAUGUGUCGUCAAUUAUUAAAUGAUGUUCCAUUAACGGAUACGAGUUGGACUGAAAAUAGAUUUCGUAUUGAUGAGAGUUCAUCAAAGUCCACAUGCUUUUACUUUUCAAAUAGCAAACGAUAUGCUACUCACGAUGCAAUGGAAGCUAUUAACGUGGGACCUGUAGUUGACAUUAAUAACUUAGUGCAAGCUGGUCGAAGACACAAAUUCUGUCCAUAUUUUGCUGCUCGAAAUUUAAUAACCACAGCAGAUAUAAUUUUAUGUCCAGUCAAUUACUUAAUUGAUCCUUUAGUUCGCAAAAGUAUGAACAUGGAACUCAAGGGAGAAAUAAUAGUCAUUGAUGAAGCCCACAUGUUGGAUGAUUUAUGCCGAGAAACAGCCAGCAUGAUAGUGCCUGUUAGUGAAUUGAAAGAAUGUGCAAAAGAUUGUUUUGCUCUGGUUGACAGGCAACAAUUACCUCAUGCUCAUAGAACAAUGGCAGAUUUUUUGCAAGCUGUAAUUUCAUGGAUCGACAUGAACUCUCAGAGAUCAUUGUCAUAUGGAUUCAAUAAUGAGAAGGAGUUUUCUGUGUCAUCCAUUCAUCUGAUAGCCAGUCUUGAGCAGUCACAAAUUACUCGUGAAGGGGUUUCUAAGUUUAAGCAUCCUGAUGAUUAUGUGGGAUCUAUUACUCUCACCAAUAAAUAUGAUCCAGAGUCAUCGUUUAAUUCUCGAAAGGAACAAGAGUGGGCCAUUAAACUUGUGUGUCAAAAUGCAGGUCUGAUAUUCAACACCUUAUCUUCUGUCACACGUUCCAUUAUCUUCUCCUCAGCAACAUUAUCACCUCUUAGUGCAUUUGCUGCUGAAUUGGAUAUUAAGAUUCCAAAUACAUGUGUGAGAGGCCAUGUUAUACCUCCAAUGCAGACGUGGAUCGGAUGCCUUGGAAGAAGUGGGAAUGGGCAUGAACUAUACGGUAGAUACAGCAACACAAAAACUGUUGAAUAUAUGGAUGAAAUUGGCAACAUUGUGCUGGAUGUUUGUGUAAGAGUUCCAUAUGGGGUGCUUGUUUUUGUUGCAGCAUAUUGGACUCUUGAAAAUAUUAUUCAAAGAUGGAAAGACACAGGUCUUUGGACAAAAAUUGGUGAACACAAAAGACCUUUCAGUGAAACACGACGCGCAAAAGAUUUUAAUGAAGUUCUGAAAGAUUUCUACAAUGCUGUUGAAGAUGCCCAGGAGUCUAUAAAAAGUGGUCUUGUAACUGUAGGCAAUGGCUGUACUGGACCACUGCUUGUAGCUGUCAUGAGAGGCAAAGUCAGUGAAGGUUUUAACUUUGCUGAUGACAAGACUCGGGCCAUUAUAACUGUUGGCAUUCCUUAUCCAAAUGUUCAUGAAGAUACUGUUAGAUGGAAAAGAGAAUAUAACAAAUUACAUGCCUUGAGCAAACCUCUUCAAGAUGCCGAAGGAUGGUACAAUACACAGGCUUUCAGAGCUCUCAGUCAGUCAUUGGGACGUGGUUUGCGCCAUCGUCAAGAUUGGUGCUUGCUCCUGCUUCUUGACGCUAGAUUUCAACAACCCAAGUAUUCACAAUUGUUGCCACAGUGGAUGUAUGAACGGAUGAUCAAUUAUCGACAGUACACUGGAAUGCUAAGUAGUAUGGAAGAUUACCUAAAGCGCAUGAAACUGUUGUCAGACAACUCAAAAUCUUGAAUAUUUGACAGAAUUUUGUUUAUUAUUUAUGUUUGAAAAAUGUGUAUCAUUGAGAACAACACCUUUUCAAAGCAGUUCUUAGACAGUUGUUCUUUUACUUCUCAUUUUAGAUUUUAUUUGUAUGAUAUUCAAAAUAGUGUUUUGUUGCCGAACUUUGUGUAUUAAGAUGAUAUUUAAUAUAAAUAUUGAUUUCAAAUCCUACUAUAUUGGGUAUUACUAUUCCUUUUUAAUUCAUGUACGUUAUUAUUUUUAAUUUGUUUAUUAAUAUAUCUACUUCUCAAUUUUAA